UUCCGGCCGCCAACACCGGCAGCAUUUUUUCGCGGCAAAAUGAAAUGAUCGUCUGACGUGUUAACCUCCUCAUAACAUAAUAAUAUACACUCUGGUAACGAUACAGCUCAAAACAAUGGCACAAGUAACCGGAGAAAGCCUCAAAUCAGAGCUGGACAUGUUCGGCAUCCUCUGCAGAGACGACUCCGUCCUCGAUAAGAUGGUGGAGCAGUGCAUCUGUAACAGGAUACAGGUAGAUGAGAUAGUGCUGCAGUGGGUGGCCUACAGCUCCACCAAAAACGGACUCAAACUCACCGCGGACACCCUGGAGCAAUUUGAUCAUGAGGUGUUAAACAAGAGGAAUAAAUCCAAACAGAGCUUCAGAAAAGAAGAAACUCAUAACAGAACCAGAGACAUCCACUCACUACAGGACUUAAUCAAGGCUGAGGAAGAGGAGGAGCAUCUACUGGAUGCGUACUCUACUCCUGCUAAGGGUUCUCAGAAACGAGCACUCACCACUCCUGAACACCCUCAAUCAAAAAGAAGUGCAGCUCUGCUGUCCAGCCCGAGUCUGCUGCUGUCUCCUGCUAGCUUUUCUCCCAGUUCAACACCUUCACAGAAGUACAGCCACCGAGGAGGCAAAGGGGAGGUGGUGGUUUCAUUCGGGGUCGUGCAGGGCACCCGCUGGGCAGGAAGAAAGACGCAGGGCUCCGGCGUCCAGCUGGAGGUCCUGGAAGGGCCCGAAGACUCGCUCCGCUGCAGCUACAAGUACAUGUUCCAGAGGCUCCGCGAUGUUAGAAAUGUGUUGACGGAGAAGAUAGAGGAGCUUGGCGAUGGCCUCAGGUCUCACUUCAACAUCGAAGAGUUUGCUCCCGUCUCUCUGCCCGCUCAGGACAGCAUAACAGUGUUGGGUCAGAUUUGCUGUGACAGUAAUGGCAAACUGAACGCACACUCAGUUUUGUUGGAGGCGGGACCGGAGCAAGGCGGUCAGCAAGUACCUGUUGACCUAUCAGAGCUCAAAGAGUACUCCCUGUUUCCUGGUCAGGUGGUGGCGUUGGAGGGAAUGAACACAACAGGAAGGAAACUGAUGGCUUCCAUACUCUAUGAGGGGGUCCCUCUUCCUUUCUACUCUUCUGAGGUGAAAAUGGAGAUGGAUGAAGAGCCGAUGAACGUUCUGGUGGCAUGUGGACCCUACACUCCCUCUGACAGCCUGACCUUUGACCCUCUGCUGGACCUGAUCAAUGUCAUUGUCAAGGAUCGUCCUGAUGUCUGCCUGCUGCUGGGCCCGUUUGUGGACUCUAAACAUGAACAAAUUGAGAAAGCUCAGGUGACGGAGACAUUUGAGGCCAUUUUCUCAAGAUGUAUUGAAAGCAUUGUGGAUGGCACCAAAAGUGUUGGCUGCAGCCUGGUGUUUGUGCCCUCCCAAAGAGACAUCCACCAUCACUUCAUCUACCCUCAGCCUCCCUUCACCCUGCCGAACCUCAGCAAGGACCAGGCCCAGCGUGUCACCCUGGUCCCUGACCCCUGCACACUGCUCAUUGAUGGAGUGACCUUCGGCUUGACGUCCACUGACAUCCUGUUCCACAUGGGCGCAGAGGAGAUCAGCAGCGGCACUGGAUCGGACAGAUUUUCCCGCAUACUGAAACACAUGCUGACCCAGAGGAGUUACUACCCGCUGUACCCGCCGGUGGAGGAGGUGAACAUGGAUUAUGAGAAGUUUCAGAGCUUCGGUCAAAUGCCACUGACUCCUGACGUCCUCAUCAUUCCCUCCGAGCUGCGCUACUUUGUAAAGGAUGUCGUCGGCUGUGUAUGUGUCAAUCCUGGACGGCUGACUAAAGGCCAGGUGGGCGGGACCUAUGGCAGGUUACUCAUUCAGCGCAGCGCUGCAUCGGCCGACGGGAAGAGAGCGAGCCCCUGUUUGGCUGCUCAGGUGGUGAAAAUCUAAAAAGGAAACUAAGACUCUGAAUGCUGGUUGACUGAACUGGGACCAGUUUGGGAGCAACUUUGAACGCUGUGCUCUCCGGGCACGCUGAUGUAAAAAAAAAAACAUUUCACUGUACGGUUGAAACCAUUUUGCCAAUUGGUCUAUUGACAAACAUGUCUGUUUGAGGGUGUCAUUACUGGGGGGGAUUAUCAGUCUAUCAGGCACAAAAUCAAUAACAAUCUAUUUUCAAUAAAUUAUUCUUUGUACUGUUUUUUUUAUACUUUUUUGUUGCAACUACCUUAGUACUGUUUGUCACAGCUUUGUAUCUGUUUUGAAGACUCUGAAUAAAGGGGGGAAAAAAUAACCUGCUC